UUCAGUAAGCCUAAUGGGAGGUCAUCAGCGUUUUCUCUCCCGUGUAAAAUCAAAAACAUACGAGAAAUAACAGCAAAAUCGCCGUGAAAAUGACACGAAAACGAACAUAAGUCACUGCUAGACGUGAGCAGACAAAAUGGAUAGUGACGAUGAAGGGGAACCAGACAUGGUCCUGACUGGAUUUCUCUUCGGGAACAUCGACGAACAUGGGCACCUUGAAAAUGACUUCCUGGAUCCAGAAUCGAAAAGAAACCUUCACCAGCUCAACCACUUGGGUAUCGGACGCAUGUGGAAAGAAAUCACGGGCGAUAUCGAAGACCGAGAGACUCGGAACGAGACGGAAGAUGCGGAUGCUGCGGAUGAUUCAUCGCAGAGUGACGAAGAGUAUACCCAGAAGCUGGCCUCAUCAGUGGAUUAUUUCGACUUUGAUGAGUUGGCCGAAGAUACUGAAGAAGGGAAGGCAGAAGAAAAUGGUGUCAAGUCUUCCGAAUCGCAAGAUGAAGAAGACGACUGGGAGGAGAAAGACGCAAAAGACUCCGCCCUUAUGCCGCCUCCGCCUCCGAGCGCCUCCAUGGCCAAUGGAACGACCGAGUCUGAGGCCUCGCGGCGAAAGCGCAGCCUGGACACCCCCCUGGCGGCCAUGCUGCCAUCCAAGUACGCGGACCUGGACGUGACCGAGCUGUUUCCCGAGUUCCGCCCGGGGCAGGUACUCCGUUUCUCCCGGCUCUUUGGUCCUGGCAAGCCUUCCAGUCUACCCCAGAUCUGGAGGGGUGUGAGGAAGAAGAAGAAGAAGAAACAGAAGGGACAGGAACCUUCCUCCAGGAGCAAAGGAGAGUGGCAGUUGGAGGUUGGGUCGCCCCCGUCACCCAGCCACUGCGAAGAAGACGACGAGGAGCGUCUUCUGCGUCCCGAAGAACCCCCUUCCCAGGGUGGCAAAAACGAAGCAUCCGGAGCGUCGGACGUCUCCCCGCAAGCUGCCGACUGGAGGUACGGCCCUGCCCAGCUCUGGUACGACAUGUAUGGGAUACCCGAAAGCGGAGACUCCUUCGACUACGGCUUCAAGUGCAUCCAGGAUGAAGACGAAAGAAGCAAGUGUCCUCACACGAUGAAAUUGGAGAAUGUGGAAGACUACCCAGACGAUUCGUACCUCAUGGUGUCACAGUUGCAGUGGGAAGAUGAUGUCAUCUGGAACGGUGAAGACAUCAAGCAUAAGGUGUCGGCCAAGUUGAACUACAAGAGCAAUCCGGCCGGCUGGGUACCAUCCAUACUGAAUCGGACGGCAUCCGCUUUUAGUCAACAAGCCAAGAGCCUUUCUGGGAGCUCUCUUCUGGGUCCUUCGCAAAAGAGCAUGGCCCAGACGAUGCUUUCAAAGUCAGGUUCCAAGCCUGGGCUUACAAAGUCGGAUGCCACGGACGAACGCGAUGACACGCGGUAUUCCAUAUUUCCUGUUGAAAACGAGGAGCUCGUCUACGGUUGUUGGGAAGAUGAGGUCAUAUGGGACGCUCAGGCAAUGAUAAAAAAGCCAGAGCCCCAGAUUCUGACACUGGAUCCGAACGACGAGAACAUCAUUCUGGGCAUUCCCGACGACCCAGAUCCAAACUCACUAGCCAACAUGGAACCUGUGAAAGAGAAAAAGCCUGCGGAGGUUCCUCCGCAGCAACCGCAGGUGUUUACUCAGCGUCCUGCCUCCCGUUCCCUCGGUGCAUGGCUCACGGCUCGUGGUGUCUGCAUUCCUCAGCAUGAUCCCUUUGAUCCCACCAAAGACAUGGUGCGCAAGUCUCGGAUCCUACUGGGAAAAGCGGGAGUCAUAGCGGAACCCGAACCUCCUAGCCCGCCUCCUGCACAAAACAUGGAGAAAGAUCCGUACAAUAUCUCCAACGAUGAGUUUUACAACCCCAAACUCACUCAGGACAGUGCUUUGAAGCCAAAUGUAGGAGGGAACUUAAUUCAGCACUCAAUCCCUGCAAUUGAGCUACGCGCCCCCUUCUUUCCGACGCACAUGGGGCCCUUGAAACUUCGCAGCUUCCACCGACCUCAACUGAAGCGGUACUCGCACGGGGCCCUGGCUCAACCAGGACCUCACGGAGUCAUCCCGUUGCUCAAGCACAUCAAGAAGAAGGCCAAGAUGCGAGAGCAAGAGCGUCAGGCCUCGGGUGGUGGAGAAAUGUUCUUCAUGAGAACCGCGGAAGAUCUCACGGGCCGCGACGGAGAGCUCAUCCUUUCCGAGUACUCGGAAGAACACCCGCCCCUCGUCAUGCAAGUGGGCAUGGCAACGAAAAUAAAGAAUUACUACAAGAGGAAACAAGGCAAAGAUGUGGGGCCGCCCGAGUUCAAAUAUGGGGAGACUGCGUACGCGCACACGUCACCGUUUUUGGGCUCGUUGACGCCUGGCCAGAGCCUGCAGGCUUUCGAGAAUAAUCUGUUCAGAGCACCCAUCUACGAACACCAGGUGGCAGACACAGACUUCGUCAUCAUACGUACCAGGCAACACUACUACGUUCGAGAAGUGGAAUCCAUCUACACUGUGGGCCAAGAGUUGCCACUGUCUGAAGUGCCUGGCCCAAACUCCAAAAGGGCGAACAAUUUUGUUCGAGAUUUUCUUCAGGUUUUCAUCUAUCGUCUAUUCUGGAAAAGCACUGAUAGCCCACGGCGCAUCAAAAUGGAAGACAUCAAGAAAGCAUUUCCUUCGCAUUCCGAAAGCAGCAUUCGAAAACGGCUCAAACUGUGUGCGGACUUCAAGCGUACCGGCAUGGAUUCCAACUGGUGGGUGUUGAAGCCAGAGUUUCGCCUUCCUACGGAGGACGAGAUCCGAGCCAUGGUGUCACCUGAGCAGUGCUGCGCUUACUACAGCAUGAUUUCUGCUGAGCAGCGCCUCAAGGACGCCGGCUAUGGUGAAAAAUCGCUCUUUGCUCCCGAGGACGAAAAUGACGAGGAGAUGCAAGUGAAAAUGGAUGAUGAAGUGAAAGCUGCUCCGUGGAACACCACUCGAGCGUUCAUCUCAUCCAUGAAGGGCAAGUGCUUGUUGCAGCUGACAGGUGUGGCAGAUCCGACCAGCUGCGGAGAAGGGUUCUCCUACGUCCGGGUACCCAACAAGCCGCAGCAGUCUAAGGAAGACGGUGCGAGCCAGCAGCCAGUCAAGAAGACGGUGACGGGAACGGACGCCGAUUUGCGGAGGCUUUCACUCAGCAAUGCCAAGCAGCUGCUUCGCAAAUUUGGUGUGCCAGAAGAUGAUAUUAAGAAACUGUCACGAUGGGAGGUCAUUGAUGUCGUGAGGACCCUCUCGACAGAGCAAGCAAAGGCCGGUGAAGAAGCCAUGAGCAAGUUUGCCCGAGGCAACCGGUUCAGCAUUGCGGAACACCAGGAACGAUACAAGGAGGAGUGCCAAAGGAUCUUUGAUCUCCAAAACAGAGUCCUCUCGUCCAAGGAGGUCCUUUCUACGGACGAGGAUUCCAGCUCUGAGGAUGACUCUGACAUUGAGGAGAUGGGCAAGAACAUCGAAAACAUGCUAUCGAACAAAAAGACCAGCUCACAGCUGUCUCACGAACGAGAAGAAGCCGAACGACGCGAGCUGCAGCGUCUCAUUAUGGGCGACGAUUCAUCUGCUGCUGAUGACGGCAAGAAGAAGAAAGACAAAGACGGAAAGGGAAGAGACGAUGACAAUACAUCGAUGGCCAGUCUUCGCUCCAAUGAGAAUGGCAGGAUCCUGAAGAUCUACCGUACUUUCCGAAACGCUCGAGGUCGAGAGUACGUCAGAAUCGAGACCGUGCGGAAACCAGCAGUCAUCGACACCUACGUGAGGAUACGAACAACCAAGGAUCCUGCAUUUAUACGUCAGUUUGCGUCUACCCUGGACGAGCACCAAAAGGAAGAAAUUCGGAAGGAGCGACGAAGAAUUCAAGAGCAGCUUCGCCGGCUAAAGCGCAAUGCGGAAAAGGAAAGGCACACUCCCAUAAGGAAAAAGCCCAAAAAGGAACAGCCCCUUCUCAAGCUCAAAUGUGGAGCCUGCGGUGCCAUUGGCCACAUGCGCACCAACAAGACCUGCCCACAGUACCAACCCAUGGCUCCUCUGCCUCCAGUUCAGGUGGCCAUGACAGAAGAACAGGAGGAAGAAGAAGAAGGUUGCGGCCUGCAGGACGAUAACCUCGUCAAGGUGGAUGAGACUCGGGUGGUGUUGUCUAAGCAACUUGUAAAGCAUGCGGACGAAAUGCGGCGCAAGUCGCUGGUGCUCAAGUUUCCGAAGGAGGCAGUGGCCCUGAAGAAGCGGCGCCGUGCAGGCACGGUGCUGCACUGCGAUUAUUUGCGCCGACCCAACAAGGCUGCAAACAGAAGACGCACCGACCCAGCCGUCACACUCUCCAUCGUGCUCGAGGGAAUUCUCAACGAAAUGAGGGACCUUCCCGAGACCCAGCCAUUCUGGUAUUCUGUAAGUGCCAAAGCAGUCCCGGACUAUCAUCGCAUCAUCACCCAGCCCAUGGACUUGCAACGUGUCCGCGAGAAGCUCCACGAGAAACGCUACCAAAGCCGAGAGGAGUUCUUGACGGACGUCAAUCAAAUUGUCGAGAACAGCAAACUGUACAACGGUGUCAAGAGUCCACUCACCCAAGUGGCACAGAACAUGCUGGAACUGUGUCUCAAGAGGUUUGCAGAAAAGGAAGACAAGCUGAUGCGGCUUGAGAAAGCUAUCAACCCACUACUGGACGACAACGACCAGGUGGCCUUCUCUUACAUCCUGGAAGGAAUUGUCUGCGACCACCUCAAGAGCAUUCCAGAAUCGUGGCCCUUUCACAAGCCUGUCAAUAAGAAGUUUGUUAAGGACUACUACACUGUCAUCAAGAACCCCAUAGACUUGGACACCAUCAUCAAGAAUGUGAAAGCUCACAAAUACCACAACCGUGAGGACUUUUACCAUGAGGUGGAACUUCUCUACAAGAACAGCUUUCAGUUCAAUGGAGCGGACAGCCAGUUCACCCAAAAGGCCAAAGAGAUUGUCGAUGCCUGUAGGAUGUCUCUGGAUGAGCAUGACAGCCAGCUGACACCUCUUGAGCAGGCGAUCAGGGCAGCCCAGGAGGCGGCACUUGACGCGGCGGACACGGACUCUGUGGUCACAGGGAACUCGUAUCCGGCCGAAGACAGUACCAUUGCGGAGAGUGACAUGGGCAGGGAGGACAUGAUGCGGCCCGAAUCUCGUGCCAGAAGCGAGGAGAACGAGUUUGUGGACGUGGAAGGCGACGAGUGCAUUCGGAUUCGGCGUCCCAGUCUACGGUCCACGGCGGACGGGAAGAACAGUGUCCUCGAUCAGGAUCUCCAGAUCACCCCUGAGAACAGUGAACCGGAGCCUGAAGACGAGGAAGAACCCAUGGCUGACUCGGAUGAAGAUCAGCCUUCUGUGCUCAUGACCAGAUCAUCCAUGGUCGGCGAACCAGAGGCCGUGGAAGACACAGAGAUGAUAGACGAGAAUUAUGACCCCUCCGAGUUCCUGUUGCAAGGUCAGUACCGGUUCCAGCAAGCGCAGGCGUCAGCUGGUGAUGGACAAACUGCUGGCAACGUCAUCAGCACGGAUCUCGCCGUGUCGGAGUCGGAAGAGGAGGCCGAGGAACAGCUACCCGACAUCGAGGACACUCCGGAGAAGGAUGAGGACGGGGAGGAUCUGUGGUUCUAACUAUUUGUAUUUGUUGUACAUAGUGAUUAAAUGUGUCGUGUUGCGUUUAUCCAAUACCAUGA